CUGAAUCAUCUGAUACUGAAAAUCCUUCUAACUUGUCCUCCACAUCAACAAAAGGGAAAGAGAAGGUAGUGGCAGCUGCAGAAAGUUCUAAUCAGUCUGAAAAAAUUAAUUUGGAAAAUUCGAAAUUGAAUCAAAUUGUUGAAUAUAUUAUACAUAACAUUAAUGAUAUAAAUAAGCCUGACAAAUUGAUACAGUCUAUUGACAGAAUGCGCCCUGUUAUGCUUAAAAAUAAAUAUUAUUCGAAAAAGGAUAUCAGAAUAUUGAACGGUUUUAUGAGCGAAAAUGCAAAAAUGUUAAAUCUCCACCCAUCUGAUUAUUACAUAAGACAACAACUUCAGAAAUUUGUUGGAAAUGUAAAAUUUCAAAUAUUUUGUAACGGAAAUGAAAAUCAAUUUGAGCAACUGAGUUCUGCUUUUGAGAGAGUCCGAAAUAAUUAUGGAACUAUGAUUAACUCAGUAAAGGAAACUGUGAAUAAAUCAAAUAAUUUAAGUAAUCAAGCUAUUAAAUAUUACAAUGACUUUCGAAAAUACACUCAAAUUGCUUCCAACGCCGAACAAGCAACUCUUUCAUUGAAGGAACUAAUAUUAACAGAAUAUAGCAAAUCUAAGGAAUUACAACGAGAUGUUCUAAUUUAUAUAAAUCCAAAUGAAUCCAAAAAAAUUGAAUAUGACCAAUUAGAACCCUAUUUCAAAUUAUACUGUUAUGUUAAAUUUAUCAAAAAUGACGGAGAAGAAUUUUUUAUUAAUGCGAUGGAGACUAUAAAUGAGGAAAAAGUAAAACAAGUAAAAAGUUCAACACAACAACAAACCAUACAAGAGCAAUGGAAUUAUUUAAAGAGGGCUUUGAAUAGUUUUAUUCUGACAUACAAUAGAUUUGAUAAAUUUUGCAAGUUGGAGGAUAAUAUGAAAAUUUUAGAAAUGUAUAAUGGACACCAAUGUGGUGAUUAUAUUAUCAGCUCUGAUUUACCGGAAAUUUUGGAAGAAUUUGUCACGAUUUAG